AUGGCCCGCUUCCUAAGAAGCCUGCUCCAGUACCCAGCCACCCCCAAGGGACACAGGUGCAGUUACACUGACAGCUUCUUCUCAUCCUCAUCUCGGAUCAUCCUGGAGGGACAAGCAGAAAGAAACGGGGAGGUGGGCGACAUUCUGUCAGGUGCAUGGCAGCAGUACCAAAGAGAAAAAUGGAAUACGCUCUUCCAGGAGACAAAGAUCGCGCUGUCUAAUUCCCCACUGUACCAAUACCUGCAGGAUUUGGGACACACAGAUUUUGAAGUAUGUUCCUCGGUGUCGCAGAAGGCAGAGCAAUGUGCAGCUGCAGAAAGCCAAAGGGAGCAGACUCUGAGUGCUGCCCAGAAGCAAGGCAUCCUGUCAAAACUAGUUGAGUUUUUUAGAAGCUGGUUUCCUUUUCCACAGUAUAAGAAAAACGAUGACAUACUUCACCGACUGGAUGUUGGAUUUCGAUAUGACACGCUCCGUACCAUCCUGCAACAGGAAGUUCUGCUGCAGGAGGAUGUGGAACUGAUUGAAUUCCUUGACCCCAGUAUCCUGUCUGCAGGGCAGUGUAAGCAACAGGAAAACAGACAGCUUCCAACACUACGCUCCCUAGCAACUCCUAAUAUUUGGGAUGUCUCGCUGUUCCUUGCCUUUGUAAGUGCGCUGCUCGUGUUUCCUUCGUGGUGGAAGGAAUCCUCAUGGCUGCUGUGCGGACCCGUGCUGCUCCUCUAUGCAGCCUCUAGGGCGUGCGGCACGUGGAGGACAGCCAGGCUGCAAAUGUCCCUGCGAAAAUACUCUAUCCAGCUGGAAGAAACAGUGGCCAACAGCCGGGCCUUUACUAAUCUCGUGAGGAAAGCACUACGACUCAUUCAAGAGACUGAAGUGAUUUCCAGAGGAUUUACCCUGGUCAGUGCCGCUUGCCCAUUUAAUAAAGCUGGACAGCAUCCUAGCCAGCACCUGAUCGGCCUGCGCAAAGCCGUGUAUCGAUCCGUCAGAGCCAACUUCCGCGCUGCAAGACUGGCUACUCUGUACAUGCUGAAAAAUUACCCUCUGAACUCGGAGAGUGACAACGUGACCAGCUACAUCUGUGUGGUCCCCUUUAAGGAGCUGGGUCUGGGACUGAGUGAAGAGCAGGUCUCUGAAGAGGAGGCACACAAUCUGACUGAUGGCUUCAGCUUGCCUGCACUCAAGGUCCUCUUUCAGCUGUGGGUAGGGCAGAGUUCAGAAUUUUUCAGGAGGCUGGCGCUGCUGCUGUCCCCGGCCAACGCGUGCCCCGAGCCCUCGGCGUCCCCGGAGCGGCUGCCUCACCACAUCCUGCGCGACGUGAGCCAGGGCCUCCCUCACACGCACGCCGCCUGCCUGGCGGAGCUCAGGAGGAGCUACGAGUUCUACCGCUACUUCGAAACGCAGCACCAGGCGGGCUUGCAGUGGCCAGCCAGGAGCAAGCAGCAGUGCAGGGAGCUGAACAGUCUGCAGACGGCGGUGCGCAGCUUGCAGCUGCAUCUCAAGGCCCUGCUCAAUGAGGUAAUAAUUCUUGAGGAUGAGCUUGAAAAGCUUGUUAGCACUAAGGAGACAUCCGAGUUGACAACAGAAGCCCAUCAGGUUCUGGAACAAAAACUGAAGUUUAUUCAGCCUCAUAUCCAGGCAAGCAACAGCUGCUGGGAAGAAGCCAUUUCUCAGGUGGAAAAAAUGAGUGGAAGAAACCCAAAUAAAAAAGGCAAAAUUGAAGUUUCCUGUGACAACCUACAGCAUACUGCAGUACCUUUAACACAGCCUGCCAUAUACAUAGAAAACAAAGAUCCAAUCCCUGAAGAGCAGGAACUGGAAGCAUAUGUUGAUUAUUCAGAUACAGAUAAUGAAUACAAAAGGGAAGAUUUUUUCUGCUUCUCCCAAGAAGAAAGAGAGAGGCAAGAGCGAGAGAGACAGGAAUCUAAGAGGGUGUUACAAGAAUUGAAAUCUGUACUGGGAUUCAAAGCUUCAGAAAUUGAAAGGCAGAAGUGGAAACAGCUACUAUUCAGUGAACAUGCUGCAGUGAAACCCUUGUCUCCUGUAGAGCCAUUGAAGCUACUAAAUAAUGUGGAAUCACAUAUGAAUUCAGAUACAGAAAAGCAGGACUGCAGCCAAAGUUGUGAUAAAUCUGAAGAAAAAGACUCUAAUCCAGAAGUGAAUGCUGCUGAUAAAAGCAGGACAGAAUAUUUGUACGAAGAUCCUGAGAUGGAGAAAAACAAAGACAGUAUUACAGAUAAAGAUGUUUCUACGGGGGCUGAAGAAAGAAUGUAUUAUCAGUGUGAAGGGAAUGCUGAAGAGCUCAAGCCAAGCAGUGUGGACGGAGUAGAGGCUUCACAGCCUCCCUCUAAGGAUGCAUUACAUUCAAAAAUCAAGGAUAGGCUGGCCCAGCUCCACAUAUCAACAGAUUUUAACUUCACAUCUGGUCUGGCUGCACAAGUUGCUGCCAGGUCUUUCACUUUUACUACAAUGCAGGAAGAGACUUUUGGAGAUGAUGGGGAGGAGGAGGAGGAGGAAGAAGAAAAGACACAGGAGAAUGAAGACCUUGUGGAGAACUGUGAAAAUGAAGAGAGAGGCUCUGAAAGUGAAGGAAAAGUAUAAGUCUGAGCUGAACUUUAUUAAACUAACAGCAGGCAGUUUGAUGAAAAAGAACUAAGGUGGGGGGUUGAAGGUGAAAAUACUGGAUGGAAAAAAAAGGAGAACUAAAUAUAAUACAUCAUGUUCCCUAAGACUGAUACACUAAAUAGGACUUCUAAGUAUAUUGAAAAUUUGCAGGUAAGAGAAGUUUGGGCUGCAUCCAAGAAAUAGAUGGCUGUCCCUUUUUAAGAUCCUAGUGACAGGGGUUGGAAUUUACCUUUGUGUUUUCUGUUUUAUUUAUUUAUAUUAUGACAUAUUGUAGUUUUUUGUUUCUAAAAAAAAGGAAAAACAAUGUUUUCAUUUACAACAGACUCCAUUUUUUUGCUCUCUGAUUCUUUUGUCAUGGUAUCAAUGUUUGUUCCAACAAAAACAGCCAGGACAUUUCUUUUGGAAGAACCUGAACUGUUCCCUGUGGUCUUCCCCCACCACUUUUGUUUCACUUCUUGUGUCUGCAGUGUGUUGGCUAAGCCAUGAUAGGUAUUUGUGAUUCUGCAACUAGUGAUGUGGCACCCAGCUAAAAUGUAGAAUUUUAAAUAAAAACUUGAAAGAGCUAGUAUUUCAUGUGUCCUGGGGUAUGGGGCUGAAAUAGUAUAAAGUUAGUCAUGCUACAUAUUAAGGUUUAUUUAGAAUUUUAUGAAGGGUUAAUAAAUGAUGUCCAUAAAUUGUAAUUCAUGUUAGAGAAAUAUGUUUUAAGUAAAUUUUAGGGAAGGUUAUAAGCACACCAGUGGAAAGUACUAUAGAUAGCUAGAAGCUAUCUGUUGGAUUGACAGAGGUGAGAAGUAAACACCUAUUUAUUAAGCCAGCUAUUAAUUGUUUGUUAACCUUUUGUAAACUGAACCUUAAUGUAAUUGUUUGAUUUGAUAAAAUGACCGAUUGUACAUUUUUGCUUAUGUCCUGAAGUAAUUUUCUUAAAGGAAAGAGAGCUUAACAACAUGCAGUGUCUUGUUUGAACACCAUACUUGCUUCUCUCUAAUGUUCUUUCACUUUUCCUGAGAUCACAACUUUAACCUGUGGGAUUAAGAAUCCAUGAGAGAAUUACAGUUGUGUAUUUUUUUUAUUUUAAGUUAGUUAACUGAUGAUGAAGUCUGGAUGUUUGGUAUGAGGUUAUGCCAGUUGCUUUUUUCUCUGUAGUGGUGUUAGAAGGAGCAGGAAACUGAUGCUCACAGAGGAGCUGGUUAAUGGUUUCAUUACCCUCUCUUCCUUUUACUCUCUGACACAAAAUGAAGCAAAGCUCCCAUGUCUCUAAUGGCGAGAGCACCACUUCUUUGUGUGGAAUACUCUGCUUGGACCCAGAUACACUUCCAGGACAAAACACUGCAUCAGUUACUUAGAGUAUUUAUGGCGUUUUGCAGAUUCUAUAGAGUAAAAGGCUUUUUAAAUGCUGGUGGUGCAGAGCAAUAUCUUUCCUAGGAUGGCAUCAUGGAGAGCGGGGAAGGUAACACCGGUCAGCAGGUUAGGGUGGAACUCUUGACAGUAUGUCAGAAAACAAGUGUUUUCUUUCAACACCCUGGCCUGUAUUAGUGAUUUUGCAUGAACACUGUGAAAUAUGUGGACUUUUUCACGGAUGGUAAAGAGGGAAAUUGAUAGAGAAGGGAGUAUGACUUACAGUGUUCUUUCACUGUAUAAUGCCUGUCUUCUCCCUCACACACAGGUUCUGGGAAGAGAACGUGUUGCUGUUUUUCAUUGACCAGUAACACUGUGUUCUGUGUCCUUUAUUUUGUGCAAGUGACUGGAAGCUGAGUGGUUACUGUCUUAAGGAGGUUGUAGAAAAAAAAAAAGAUGAUUUUCAUAGUGAAUUCAGAAGAUAAGCCUCCUCUUAGUGGUAGAGUAUAUUCUUCUAUAACUAAAGAUUAGGCUAAGAUGAUGAAACACUUUUAUUUUCUCUGUGGUAAGCAAUUUUUUUUACCAAGUCUAGAACAGCUGCUUUGGAUAGAUUGUGUUUGAAGCAUUGUCCAUGCUUCUGAAGAAGUCUUCCUCAUUCUUGACUUGAGAUCCUCACAAAGUGCCCAGAUAUUUUUUGUUCCUAGCUGAUUGUUCUGACAGCCUAAAUGUAUCUUCCAUCAGUAUUUUUCCAUGAAUUCAUCCACCAUCAUCUGAUGUUGUGUAUCCCAGAAAGGUACUCCUGACCUUUUUCUAUGGGAUCCAAAUCAUAGUUUACAAUAUGUAUGGCUAUGACACCAACCUGGAAAAAUAAUCAGAUUUAGGAUAUUAAUUAUCACUGUGCUCACAGUUUCAGAUGAAGUCAGUAGUUGCAUUGGUACUGGAAUCAGUGACAGAUCUCACAUUUAUAAAAGCUGCUAUCUCUAUUCCUUUGCUGUAGUUCUUAGUAAAAAUCCUGGAGGAUCUACUUUGGUGGCUCUCUUAGGGUCCAGUUUUACUAUAUGCUGGUCUUGGUAGUGAAACUGGCCUAAAAAGCCCCAUCCAUCAUGAGUUGUUCAUUUUCAUCCAGAAGAUGUGUCAACACGGGGUUUUGUGUCCAUGUUAUAAACAAGUCCAUGAGUCCACCCAGGUGAAAAAUUCACCCUUUUUAGGCUUUUUUGAUUUUCACCAUUCUUAUUGCAGUGAUGCAGUAACAGCAGUUAUCUCAAAACAGCUGUAUUAGCACGUGUUGCUGGCCUGAGACUCAGGAUUGCCCACAUUUACAUUAUUGGCAAAGAUGGUGUAGUGUGAAAUUACAGCCUUGACAUUAGACAUGGCUAUGAUCAAACAACGACUUUUUGGAGGAAGUCUUGAUCCUACUUUGAACAAAUAGAUUUUCUACAAGCAAUUUAACUGAUUUCCACGGUCUUAGAAGUUGCCCAUAUGAACACCUGGACUCACUUGUUUUCUCUGCCUCUCAUCACCUCUGUAUAAAAUAGCUGUCAGGUCAUUUAUUUUGAUCUAUUUAAUAUUCUCCCUGAAGAAAAAUACUGCUAACAGUGUACAGCGCACAAAGCCUGACUUCUCUUGAUUUGAUAACCAGGUUCCAUCUAUGUAUGUCAUACACUCUGUUAUGAUCCAGAUUUCCUCAUAAUUAUGUCAUUUGAAAUGACUGUAUAUACAUGCUGUAGGUUUCUUCACGAACCUGACAGAUUUCUUUGCAUAAUUUAUUGCUGCCUUUAAAAUAAUGUUUAUGAACACACUGAAGUGUGCAUUAGCUCUAAUGAGUUGUCUUAAUAUAUUGAGCAUGUCAAGGUCUGAGUUCAGUUCUGUGUUCUUUGGCUCAUUACCUGAGAUAGGGAUUUUUGUGAAAACAGAACAUUUGCUUCUUAGAGCUUUGUAACUUUUUGAAACAUUUAGUAGGAAGUCCAUACUAAAUUAUGGGUUAUGACAAAGAAUAUCAGCAGCCAAAAUCCUUUGUGAAGAGCAGAGCUAACAAUAAAUGCUUUUUCCCUAUCCCAUUUCCAAUUAGUAGUUCUGUGAAGUAAAGAAACAAGUCAUUAUAUAGGGUUAAAUAAUUUCUUCUCCUUCUACCUGGAAAGCACUCCAAAGACAAUAUUUGCUUCUUGGUUUGGAUUGCAGUUUAACACUACAUCUUUUUAUAUCACUUCAUUUUACAGCUAAAGAUCUAGGUAAAAGCUUAAAUCUAGGCAAAGAUCUGUGAUAAGUAGGUAACUUGUCCCUUUUGUUAAGUGUAUGUAUUCAUGACAGAAAUUAAAUGGUUGUGUCAUGGAAGCAAAUGUAGAGAGUUACAGGUAAUAGAGCAUCUUCCAAAUGCAGUUAAAUGUGCCUCUGUCAACUACAGGCAAGAUUUGCAAAUGUGAAGGUUUCUGCCAUCAGUCAUAGAAAUGAGACAGUUUUACUCCCAGCAGAGGAUUGCUGGACAUCACUGAAUCUUGCCCUUAGAUUUUUAAAUGCAAGAUGGAAUCUGGUAGAGUAGCCAGUUUUACUGAGAUUUCAGACUUUGUCCUGAGCACACCUGUCUCCAUGUGACUGUUACAAUAUUGGAAACUUUAUGUUUUUUCAGAAGUGCAAAAUUUGCAACUUUCUCAUUAAUUUAUAUGGUGGACUAUGUGGAGUUGUUUGUGCACACUGAAUUCUGUAAUCUUGUAGAUUAUCCCUUUCUUCUUUUUUUCCUUUUUUUUUUAAGAAACAAGAGGACAAGUACACCUAAACUGCCCUUGACCUUUAAACUGUUUUGUGAAGGGCCGCUGUAGCUGGGCAAGUGGCUUGCUCCGAGGGCUAAUUGCUUUUUAGAAUUAACAGGUUUCAUACUAUCUCACCUGAGCAGAGUGUGAGAAUGGCACUUGGUCAGUGUAAAGGGCCAGGCUGCUUUGGGAUCUUGUCUGUGACAGGGACUAAACAGAUGCUGAGGGAAGACUAUUGUGUGGUGAUACUUCUCCAGGCUAUUCCUCAGCAAUUUGUGGCUCAGGGACUUCUUGACCCAGUAGUGGUGGAUGUCAGCUUAACAGGUUCUGAUGGAAUCCUUCUCCAUAGAUUUGCUCAGCCUCAUGUUUGAUUCCUAGUUCCAGUGCCAGUAUGUGAUCAUCUUUACGUCACCAUUACUGUCUUGUACACACGAGAAGAUUUCUCAAUAAACUUCUUUGGUGUUCUACUUUUCUCAGUCCUUCUGCAGAAGUUACGUUUUCUGCCUUUUGUUUGCUUUCCUCACAAAUCUCUCCAGUUCUGGAUGUAUAAUGACCAAAGUGUGGUGCAGUACUCCAGACUAACCUCAGCGGUACAGAGUAAUAAUCACCUCCCAUAAAACACCAAACCAUUCAAAUAUAUUUGAGUCCAUAUAGAAAGAAAAAUCCUUUUAGAUCUUUUAGCCGUAGCUGUUAGGAUGGAAAAUGAAAAUGUUUGGUCUGAUGGAGGAGAAAUAUUUAUUCACUGUCAGCGGGAUUUGGCUGGACAAUGUUUUUCUUUGCUAACAAAACAAAAAGUUGUUAAAACAAAAUGAUCUCCCAACAUCUGCCACCUGGUCUAACACAAACUAAAGAUGCCAAACAACACUUGUUUAAAUUUCAAUUUGACUUUUCAGAGCUUUUUUUGUCUCUGAUGCAAAAUAUUUUAUCACACAAGAAACACGGCAGUGGACAUAUGAAUAUCAGAGAUCAAACAAAAGGCCUCUCAACCAAAGGCUAAUUUUUAAAAUGCUUGGUGGUGUGCUUUAUUCAUUUUCUCAUUAUAUUUAAUUCCCUCCUGUAUAUGUGUUUAUUUUGCCACCUGGGAUUUUAAGUGCUGAAAGAUACAUUUGAUUUAUUCGACUUGGAAAUUUGUGCAGAAAUGAGAUAAGAGGUAAUGGUAGUGUGUGGUAAGACACAGUCAUAGCAAGGGGUGAAAUCUACCUCCCAUGAACUUUCCUUUCUAGGUGGAUAAAGCAAUGUGGCUUGAGCUGCAGCUGGAUAUGAAACUGUUCUUGAUGUGCUGCCUUCCCUUUCACACUGCUGUGGCUCGAGUUAUUGGCAGCUUAUCAGAACAGAACUUGGCUCAACAGGGUGUUAGCCCACUUUCUGUAUCGAUCACAGGAUUCUGAAAAAGCGACUACAAUUUAGUAGACAAGGAAAAGGUUUCUCUGUUACAAAGUGGCUUAUUGUAAAAGGGUUGAAUGGGACCAAAACUUGAAUAUUUUCAUGUGAUCAGCAUAUUUUGACCCUUGUACCUUCUCAGCUUUAAGUCUUAAAGGCCUCGUGGACCUUCGGUUUAAAGUUUGCUUUAGAGGAUGAAGUUCUAUGACAGUUUAAAUCACUUCAUGGCCAUGAAAUCCCAGUCCCUCAUCUAGGCUGGCUUUUGUAAGCACUCUGUGAUCUAGGAUAUGGGUAGGACUGGAAGUGCAUCAGUGCUUUAACUUGCAGCUGGCUUCCUCAGUCCUGAUGAAGAUGAUGCCAAUCAUUGUUUUCCUCACUAAUUUUUUUUUCUUUUUAUUCUAGAGGCGUAGGCUGCCCUAAGACCAUUUGUGUCUUAUUCCCCAAAGUUUCUAGGAACUGUUUAUGAUACUGCCAGUAAAACUGAAAUUAUUGUGCAUGUUUUUUCCUACUUACUCAUUUCACCCUUCUGGACCCUUUGACACCCAUGGUCUUCUCCUUUUACCACCACUCAGAUUCAGAUUUUAAAAUAGCACACAAAUUCUUUUUACAUGUAUUUGUAACAGAAAUAACUAAAUCUAGAGUUGUGUACUGACUUUCUCACUUGAGAACUGAAACAGACAGCAGGCACCAUAAUGGGGAGCAUACAGUCAAAACAGAAAUAAUGUAUAGCAGCUCAAAUUUAUACCACACUCUUGGUGUAUAUUGACUCUUAUAAGUAAUUCUGGCUUACUGAAAAACAUUUUAAAGUUGCAUUUUAAAAAUAACUGCAAUUAUAUAACAAUGUCCCAAAAUAAGCGUCAUAAGUUGGCUUGAUUUGUGCUCAAAUCUUAAUAUUUAAAGAUUGCUUCCUGACCUUCCAGCUGCAUGGAUGAGAAGUGAAAAUAAUCUCAGAUUUCCAAAAGAGAGAGUGACCAAUCCUUUCCGUUAUUUUGUGCUAUUAAAGAAAGGUCCAUUCCUAAACAAACAAAAAGAAAAAUGUCACUGCUUAAUAUCUUCAAUAGUCAUUACUGACAGAGAAUCAUGCAUUUGAUCUCAAUAGAAGCACCAUAAAUGCAGGCUAUUUAUAAUGUUUGAUAUCUGUGUUUCGAUAAUAAUAAUAAUAGGCUUUAACUGUAUUAUGGGAUGAAAGCCAGAAAUGUACAAACUGUCCGGUAAAUCUUUCAUCCAAAGGCACAGCUGGGGAAAUUUAAACAAGUUCGUGUUGGCUGUUCCUGCACUGCUCAGUAUGACGUUGCAGUCCAAGCUUUUCAUGUCCCAGUGUGGAUGUUCACGGGUGGUCUGCAGGCACCUGUGUGCUUGAGCUCUGCAAAGCUUGCAGUGAUCACAAAACAGAGCUGAGAGAAACCUAAAUAGGAACAGGAUGCUUCACAAGCAUUUUGGAUUUAUUGUCUGUCUUCCUCUGUUGCAGCAUCCCUGUCAUAUGCAAUCCCACUCGUGAACUUUUUCCUUCCCACUUUCACAGGCCACACAAACCAACUGGGGAGGAUUUUAUAGUUUAUUUCUCACCUAUGGGACUAUCUGUAAUGCACCAGGUAAGUUAUCCACAACUUAAACAUUAGUGACCAAACUGUAAAAGAUGGGGCCUGGAGAAGCUCUUCUGGUUUGACCACUUCUGCAAAGGGUUCUCCUGAGGUGGGAGACCACAGGAGUGCUGAGCUACGUGCAAUGACUCUGCAGGUGUCUUUCAAAGCUCCAGUUUUUACUGAGUCUGUCCUUUUCUCUGAUUCUCUCUCUUCCCUCUUAGCUGCCUUCAGCUCUUCUCCAGUAUUCUCUUGCCAACUGCUGUGGAAUUUGGCCACUUUUUUCCUUCGGUUCUGAGGCCUUUGUCUAAACUUUAUGAAAUUAUAGGCUAGAGGGAAUCCACACCAAGGUGCUGCUGUGCAUUCUCAGUCAUAAACUCAUAAACAGAAGGGUUCUUAGGGCUGGUACAAUGUCUUUCCUGACAUUCCUUCCAGGAAGCUCUGACCUACAUUUCAACCUGGCAUCCUAUUUCUUCCUGGACUUCAGAAUAUUCACUCCCAGGAAUUUCCUUCCCUCCUUAAUGAUUGUAAGAUGCUAAUGCCUCCUCAGCCAGACUGACCCUCAAACACAUGUUCCUCAUUACAUGAGCCUUACUUUUUCUUUCCCACAGGAGGGUGGCACAGUUAUGGCUGAGUCUGCCUUCUCCUAAACAAGUUUGCUGCUUUUAGCAGUAGGGGCUGAACACGUAUUGUCCAGCUGCUAUGUCAAUGUGCUUUAGCUCCCCAGCUGCCUGAUCUUGAGCUCAGGAAGCACUGGGAUCUAGCAGUUGUGCUUAAGCCUUUCCCACUGGUAAAGAGCAUGUGUUUUCAAAAUACAAGUAUUACUAAAUCUCCCUGAAUUGAACCAUUUUGAACUUUUAUUGGGAGCAUAAACAAAUUAUUUCUUAAUUUAAGGGGUUUGAAUAAGCCUUAUAAAUAUAUGUGUGUGUGUGUGUGUGUGUAUACAUACAUACAGAUGUAGAUAUAUAUAUAUACACACACACAUAUAUAUAUACACAUAUAUACAUAUAUACACACAUGCACACCCCUUCAUUAUGUAAAUGUGUAUUGCCAUAUAUCCCAUUGCAAGGCUUGUCUAGCAAAGAGUUUGUAUUUUUUUCAUAGCAAACUAUCCAGUUACUUACUUGAAAGGUAAACAAAAACUUAAUUCUUGUUAUCCAAAGGCAAAAGAAUUGUAUUCUACCAAGCAAACUGUGGAAGUAUUUCAAACCUGAUUUUACAUCUUUUAUAGAAAAGCUGCUUCAUUUUGUUUUCACUUAUCAAGUCUUUGCACCUGAGCUGCUGUGAGUGUCUGUAUGGCCAUUUGCCCUGUCUUAAACAUGUAAACAAUACAUGUUCCUCAACAUCUCCUACCUGCUAAGUCUUAACAUUUCCCAAAACAGGGCCUAAAGGCAGCAUAGACUGCCAAGGAACCACAGGGAAGGGAAAGAAAAUAAUCUUGAUAAGCUGCUGCUUAAUUGGCUAAUAAAUGAGAGCUAAAAUGUAAGAGGAAAUGUUCAAAAGAACAAACUGCAGCAAGAGACUUCUGGCAGGGCUACAGAGGGAAAUCACAUGAUACAUUCUGAAGUUUGCAGACACUGGGAAGGAUCCACAGUUUCUUGUCCAUGUGGAGACAGGAAACGCUCACCAGACUUGUAGUCUUCAGCAGCUUUUUUUAAAAAAGCCUCUAUUUUAUCUGUUUUGUUUCCACAGAAAGACUUGCUGCUUUCUGUACUGUGUGCUCAAGCUGUGUGUAAUCAAUCUCUGCAUCUCUUCCUUUAAGUUCUGUGUGAAGUCAGUCUCCUUCCUUCCACUGCACUGAAAACCUGUGUGUUUUGGCUCUGGAGUCUCCCCUGCACCCGCCCUGCCCGUUGCUGAUGCUGCUUUAAACGGGGUUCAUUCGAUCAGCCUCAAGGAGGUUUAGAUCAGCAGCUCCUUAAAGCAGCUAUGAAGCCUGGGGGCUGGCUGUGCUAGGGCUCCAAGAACUCCAGUUCUGGGUUGGAUGUAGGCAGUAGCAGGAAGACAUUCCUGGAUGCUGACCUUUUCUUGUGAUAGGGUUUCCUGCCUAUGAUAUUUUCCCAAAUUAUUUUGUUUCUCUUUUUUCUCUUUUUUGUACUUGCAUUUAUCUUCAUUCUUAUUCCCAUGGAUACACAGAACCUGAAGUCUUCUUUACAUAUUUGUUCGUGUACAUCACUAGGAUUAUUUUUAGGCCAUUUUAAAAUUUGUGCCUGGGUUUCCCCAGUUUCAGAAGUAGCUUUACCUCAACUAUAAUGCUAUAACCACUUUUAAAGACUUUUUGGUUGCUAUUAUUUCUUCAGCAUCUGUAAUAAAAUUCUGCCUCACUAAUGCCUGUAUCAUUUUUCUCUUUAUCCUGUAUCCCUGACAGUUGCUUAGGUGGAGUGGAUGUGGCUUAUCCAUCCUCCAAUUAGUAAUGAUUGAAUGGAAUGCUUAUACAGGGAUGCAAAAAUGCUGUAUGAGCACUUUGCUUGAUUUUUUAUACAGAAUUUUAUUUAUAAUUCCACUUUCAUCCUGAAGAUGGAAUUAAUUUUAAGCAAUCCUGGCAAUGGUUUCUGCAGUAUUUUGUGCUGACUCCUUGGUACAAGCACUUUAGUAAUGAGCACUUGUUACUCUCUUCUGAGUAAGUGAUGAACUGAAGAAAGAAUGUUUUUCUGUGUGUCGUGUGCUUCUCGUUGUACCUUCCCCUCAUCCUUCAGAGACCUCUGUGCUGUGGCAACUGUUGCUAAAACUCCUUUUAGCAUCACCCAAAUGCCUGUGUAGGUGGGGCUUUAGAAAGAAACUAAUGUGUCAGUUGAGGACACUGGGAGCAGGUCGAUCUUUAAUCCAGGAAUGCGGCUUAGGUGCUCUGCAGGAGAUAUAUUCUACUUGUGUGUGCUCCAAAAGAGCAGCAACAGGACAAAGUCACUCCUUUUAUCUGGAGCUUUUUCAUUCCCUGGUAAUGUUUAGACUUUUGUAUCAGAACUUUUCAAAGGCUGUGUUCUGUUGCUGUUAGGAGUUGUGGCUGAUGCACACCUCUCCCUGUAAACAUUCCCUGAUUUGGUUUUAGGGUUAGCAGCUACUGACCACUCUUCCCACUUAGGUAUGACCCACUCUCACCUAAUUCACAUCCCCAGGAAGGCCAGCUUAAAAGGUUACUGGGAAGAAGGGAAAUAAUUUGAUAAUGAAAGGCAAGAGGUGAGGCAGGAAUAUUUUUUCUUUUAUUUUGACUCUUGCUUCCAAAUUGGUGCAUAAUUUGUUGUGCAAAAGGUCUUGCUUACUGUUUGCUGUUUUCAGGUUUGUGUGUUUGUUUUCAUAUGGAACAGUGAACAGAUCAAAUUGCUGCUGUUAGAAGGAGAUGUCUGUAAAGGAAAGUAAAGGAACAUCCAUAAUGUUUUCCUUUACUUGGAGACUUCUUGAAUGCUAAUUGCCUGUGUGUAUACUUCAUAAUGUACCAUAUGCAAAUAUUCUUCAGGAAUUGAUACUACCACUUCAGUCAAUAUUUUCUAUGUUAGAACUGUAUGUUUCCUAUACUGCCAAGAAUGUAUAUAUAUCUAUGAAGACUUAAGAUUGUAUCUUUUUGAGCAAGCCUCUUUCUUCAGCCAUCUGAAACUUUCUUCCUGUUUCUCAAGUUUUCUGCUAAUUUAUUAGACUCUUGUGUUAUAUUGUGUACUUUUUGUAUCAGUUGUAUCGCUGUAUUUCUUCUUUCUCUCAUUAAAACCUG